AUGAACAAUUGGUUUUAUAUGAAUCGAAUAACAUUUAAAAAUCUUCUUAAUGAUGAAUUAGGUUCACAUCUUACGAAAAAAUUAUUAUCACUCGAUUUUGAUCAUCCAAUAUCAUUUAUGAUUGGUGAAACAUCAGAUGAAAUUUUAAUAAAAAUUCAACAAACAUUUAGUCGUAAAAUUUGUCAUCAAUUCAUUUGUAAUGAACAUUGUAUAUCAUGUUCAUUUAAUCCAUCAACAUAUGCAAAAUUAACUUGGUUUGUUCAACGUUUACUAAUUAUGAGUCCAUUACGUAAACCUUUUAUUAAACAAAUUUCAUUAGGAAAAUUAUCUAAUGAAGAUUUAUCAUGUAUAAAAAAUACGAAUGUUAUAACUACUUACAAUUCCAUUGAAGAAAAUUCAUUAAGUGUUAAUAUAAACAAAAAUAAUAAUAAUAAUAAUAGAAAUAUAUCAAUUCAAAAUUCAAAUGAUGAAUGUUCAGAAUGUGAAAAGUUAACAAUGAUUAUAUUAAUUAUGUUCUCUAUUAUUGGUUUUAUUGUUUUUCGUACUAUUUUCAUUUAUUGA